AAUGUGGUUUAUUACAGCUUGAGGGAUCAGUUAAAACUCAAAAAACUGUGACUAUCCACGACGCACCAUGAUUGCGUUGAAAAAGAAAAACAUCUUAUUGGGUAGACGGCGUCAUGCUGUAUCUUUCACGCCCCCUAUUGGUUGCCUGCCUGUACCUGCUGCUGCCCUUGGGCCAGAGCAGGAGCUUCGGGUACAACAACGGGUUUCACUACGAGGACAUCAGCAACGGGAACGGAAACGGAGAGAUUUAUUUCAAUGGGAUUCGUCUCCAUGUGGAAUCGCCCCAGCAUUCAGUGUCAGCCACCAGGGGGAGCAGUGUCACCCUUCCCUGUCACUACCGCUACGAACCCGAACUGAACACACCACGCAGGACCCGGGUCAAAUGGUCCUGGUUGCCUGCCAACACCAUCACCUCAAACGAAGCCUUUCCCGUGGAAACUGAAGUUAUGGUCGCCAUGGGCAACCGUCAUCGCAGCUACGGCAGCUUCAAAGGCCGUGUGCGCCUGCGUCGCUCAGCUCCAGGAGACAUGUCUCUUGUGAUUAAUGAGCUGCAGCUGAACGACACCGGGCGGUACCGCUGUGAGGUGAUCGACGGCCUGGAGGAUGACAGCGUGACGGUGGAGUUGGAGCUGAGGGGUUUUGUAUUUCCCUAUCACUCUCAGAAAGGACGCUACCAUUUGAACUUCUUUUGGGCCCAACAAGCAUGCCUGGAUCAGGAUGCCACUCUGGCUACAUUUGAACAACUCCUCACAGCGUGGGAGGAGGGGCUGCACUGGUGCAAUGCUGGUUGGUUGGCUGAUGGCACAGUGCAGUAUCCCAUCACAGUCCCACGGCAUGGUUGUGGAGGUGACAAUUUGUCUCCUGGCCUCCGCAGCUAUGGACCAAAACAUCGGCUUCUUCACCGAUAUGACGCUUUCUGCUUCUCGGCUUCUAUCAAAGGGACUGUAUACUACUUAAACUACCAAGGAAAGCUAAACUUCACUGAAGCAGCCUAUGCUUGUGCCAGAGAUGGAAGUCAGAUCGCCAAAGUGGGCCAAUUAUAUGCUGCAUGGAAACUAAAGGGAUUGGACCGCUGCGAUGCGGGCUGGUUGGCUGAUGGAAGUGUUCGUUAUCCCAUCACAAAUGCCCGGGCUAACUGUGGUCCACCACAGCCAGGGGUACGUAGCUUUGGGUUCCCAGCUCCACACAUGAAAUUUGGUGUGUACUGUUAUCAAUAGAUGCUGUCACUCACAACAAGCCUGGGUCCAAAGUGGCAGGAAGACAGCUUCUAUAUUUCUUUGUUUUUAAAAUGGACACUGCAUCUUUAAAAGACUAUUUUCUAGCAUUGAACCUGACUGUCAGUCAACUGUUUUUUCUAAUCAACGCACGUCCAUUUUGUGAAACCUCUCCAAGUUGAUACAACACAGUAUGAUUAAAAGGAUGUGGAUACCACUGGAGCACUGCAUCAUCUGUUCAAAAUUUGGGAAGUUUUCCACCACAGCUUCUGCUACAUGACUACAGAUAGUUGCUAUAAUUAUUCACAUUAAUACCGGUCAGGGACAGCUGUUUGGUAGGAUAUUGGUACCUUACCAUGCAAGAGUAUGAACAUUUGUUGAACUUUUUCACAUUUUGUCACAAGACAACCAUAGACUCUAUUUUAUUUUAUUGGGACUUUAUGAGAUAGACCCAUGUAAAGCUCUGCAUAAUUGUGAAGUGGGAUGGAAAUGUUUCAGGGUAUUUUAUAUUUUAUUAGAACAAAUUGUGGCCUGCAUUUGUAUUUGUAUGCAGCCCCCUUCAGUCAGUAAUUUGUAGAACCGGAUUUUGUUGUAAUUCCUUUAGAGUAUGUUUCCUUGCACAUCUAGAGACAUUUUCACCCAUCAUUUUUGACAAAAUAGCUCAGUAAGAUCGGAUGAAGAGUUUCUGUAGACAUCUCAUCUCAAGUUUUGCUGCAGAUUCUGAAUUGCUUUUAGCUUUGGACUUUGACUGGGCAAUUCUAACACAACAAUGGGCUUUGAUCUAAACAACAGAUGUAGAUACAACUGAACAGUUUAGAUCAGGGGUGUCAAACUCUGGUCCUCAAGGGCCGGUAUCCUGCAACUUUUAGAUGUGUCUCUGCUUCAACACACUUGAAUCAAAUUAUUAGCUCAUAAGUUGGGCUCCCUAGAACCUGGGUGCAUGUUGAGGAAGCAAAUUAGCCACUUCAUUCAGGUGUGUUGGACCAGGGACACAUCUAAAAGUUGCAGGAUACUGGCCCUUGAGGACCAGAGUUUGACACCCCUGAUCUAAACUGUUCAGUUGUAUCUAUAACUGUAAGUUUACUAUUGUUGUCCUGCUGAAAGAUGAACCUCCACCUCAGUCUUAAGUCUUUUGCAGCCUCUACAGGACUUUCUUCCAGAAUUGCCCUUUAAACAGGCCAGCUUCCCUGUCCCUGCUGAAGAAAAGCAUCCCUGUAGCAUGCUGAUGCUAUACCACCAUGUUUCAGGUGGUGGCAGUAUUGGUAUGUGCAACAAGAGUUUUCCACCACAUGUCACAGAGUCAAAGUGUUUCUGUUUGAUCAGAUCACUUUCUUCCACAUGUUUGCUGUAUCUUCUACAUGGCUUGUUGUAAACUGCAAAUGGGACACAGCUAAGAGUUAUCCUGUCAAGAGAUUCUCCCACCUGAGUUGUGCAUCUCUUGUCCACAUCUUUCAGACAAUUUUGAAAAAAAUGUUCUUCCACUUGAAAGUUAUGUUCUACUUUGUUGGUUUAUCAGAAAAAUCCCUAAAUAUAAAAUAAAUAUAUUGACAUUUGUGGUUAUAACAGGACAAAUUAAAAACUGGUGUGAAUACUUUUACACAGCACUAUAUAUUAUGGAUUUGCUCCAAACAAUCAUGGAAGCAGGAGAGGUCAUUGUUCUGCAGGCCAGUCAGGUUCUUUGCACUAAGCUUUGAAAUCAUUGUGCCAGGUUCAAAUAUAAAAUUCUUGCCUUAAUGUUGGUUGUACUUUAAGUAAUAUAAAAAAAAUGUAUGUAUCUGAAACACAUAUUCAUGCUUCAUCAUGUAGUUUUACAUUUUGUUUGUCAAUAAUACAAAAGGUGGUAUUAACAUCUUCUCUAACGGCAGUUUUUUUGGCCACAAUUAGCUAAUUUUCAUGGAAAUUGUUCAGAAAACUAGCAGACAUUUUUGAUUCAGACCCAGCACCAUUUACAGCUCAGUUUGGUUUGGAAGAUUAGUUUAUUUCAUUCAAGCCACAACUGGUCAUCGGUCUGUCAUGUAAUAUCUAAUAAAAUCAUUUUUAGAAAUUACACAAACUCAUUCAGCAGUGUUUUCUUUGCACUAUAGUCAGCUAAUAAACAUCCAGUGGAUUUCUCAUACUAUAUCCUCAGUUUUUUGGGUUUUCUGAAGGCGCCUUAAUGAUUUAGAAAGCUGAUGAGUUUCCCAUCAUUUUUUGUGUUUCAUCCAUAGAUUUCCACGUUGUGUUAUUCUGUACUAUAUAAACAUCACUGCUGUCUUUUAAAGAAGUCAAAUUUAAUGUUUAUGAGUGAAUUACUGUGAUGUACGUCUGUUGUAAAUGUGUUAAUGAGUGGUGCUCUGUGCAUGACAAAACAAGAUGCUGUGAGCUGCCCUUUAUUCUUGUAAUAUAUGAAAAUACCUUGUAAAAGAAGAAUCGUUGUUCUUGUUAAAUGCAUGCCAUUUUUGUCUUGUCUCUAUGCAUCUGUAAUAUCUGUUAUGAAUAAAACACUUCUGUAAAUA